AUGUCCUCUGCUUCCCUUGUAGAAAUUGACGCUCUAGAAGCAGUCGUGGUCGUGGACAAUGACCUCGACAUCAUGUCACCACCAGCUCCCAAUACCGUGCAGGUGUCCGGUUUUCUAGGCGAGUUGGCCCUGAACUCACCACAUCACACGCAUGAUCGGGCCGACGUGUCCAAAGAGCUUCACCUGGAAGACGUGUGCUGUUCUGCGCACGGCUUAUCUGUCCUUGUGACCGCCGUUACGGGUGAUGAACGCCGAACUAUGCUUUUUGACACCGGGCCAACGGAGGAGGCUUGGGGAUUGAAUGCCGAAAGGCUAAGAUUAGAUCUGUCUCCCGUGGAGAGGAUUCAACUCUCCCACUGGCAUCGGGAUCACUCAGGUGGCAUGCUCAAUGCUAUCCGGAUGAUCAAGGAGGCAAAGAAGGGGAAAGGCCUGUCCAACGAAGAUCUUGUCGUGGACGUGCAUCCAUCUCGUCCCGAUUAUCGAGGUUUCCGCACAGGGGCGGAAUCGGUCUCGCUCCAAGCUGACCCAACGUUCCAAGAGAUCGAAAACGCUGGAGCAAAGAUUGAGAAGCACAGGACGGCACAUACCGUCCUGGAUGACAUGUUCCUCAUCUCGGGAGAAAUACCCCGAGUGACGGAGUAUGAGACCGGGUUGAAGUAUGGAAUGCGGUUCAGCAAAGCCAAGGGAGAAUGGGAAAGUGACGAACUGAUUAGUGACGAGCGGUUUCUCGCAUGCAAUGUCAAAGGGAAGGGCAUCGUGGUUUUCAGCGGGUGUAGCCAUGCGGGGGUUGUGAACACCACGAAACAUGCUGUGGAGUUGAUCGGUAAAGAUAUCCCCCUGUACGCGGUUUUUGGCGGAUAUCAUCUGGCAACCAGUGAGAAGGCCCAGAUAGAUGCCACGGUCAAGGACCUCAAAGCUCUGGAUCCAAGGGUUUUGCUGCCCGGCCAUUGCUCCGGCUGGAGAGUCAAAUUUGAGAUUGAGAAGGAGAUGCCGGGUCGUUUGGUGCCAUCUUCGGUUGGAUUCAAGGUGGGAUUCUAG